CAAAAGGUCGAUAUUUCUGGAGCUGAACUCAAAGUUUGCUGCACACCUCGUGUUGCAUUUGGAAUCAGUUCAUCUAGUUAACCGCAGCAAUUUUAGUUAACAAUUACAAGAAAUCCUAUUCAACUUCGUUUUACUUCUUCUCUCGAAAAUGGUCGCUGAUGCUGAAUAUUCCAAUGUACACUUUUUACAAUCUAAUAUUUCACUAUACGAAGAUUCUUUGCUUAUUGAUACUGGAACCUUAAAAAUAUCUGAAGAAUGUUUUACAUGGGAAGGUACAUCAAAACAAUUCUUUAUUCCUUAUUCACAAAUAACAUUGCAUGCUAUCGCCAGAAAUACAGUAGAUCAAACUGGUGAUCAUCCUAAUAAUGUAUUUCCUCAUCCACAUUUAUUAGUAAUGAUUGAUGGAGAUCGUGUAUGGGAUUCAAAUACUACUAAUACUACUACUAAUAAUACAAAACCAGAAGAAGAUGAACCAAAUGUCAUGCAAAUUGAUGAGGCCGGGUCCAACGAAGAAGGAGAUGAAGAUAAAGAAAAUUCUGACAAUGAUCGAGCUUCAGAUUGUCCUGGUACUACGUCGGUUCUUCGUUUGGUUCCACAAGAUUCUACACAAUUAGAAGAUAUGUAUAAAGCAUUAGCUGAUUGUCAAGCACUGAAUCCAGAUCCUGAAGAUGAUAAUUCAGAUUUGGAAGGUUUUCCAGAAGAGGAUGAAUGUGAAAUCAAUGGACAAGAAGGUAUGGAGUAUGAAAAUCAUACAAAUAAUAAUGGAAGAUUUGGUGAACCGGAUCAAUUUGCAGAUGCUUAGCACAUUUUUUUUCUGUUGUGCAAAUUGAUAGAUGCAUUUUUGUAAUUAAAAUAUUUAAAAUCAAUAUAUUUUCUAUCGUGUUUCAUAUUAUUAUUAUCCUGUUCAUAAAUAAAUAUAAAAUAAAUUGUGUUUUUUGAAAAUUUUAA